AUGAGUCGGUCAGUUUCAUUGACCACCGAUGGUCAUCGCCCAAUGUCCAGUGACAGUAAUCUACCUCAGAGCCCCACGGUGGCUGCUUCUGUUGGAUUCAGCAGUACCGAUGGACCUAUCUCCCCGACAUAUCAGAUCGACAGAGACCAUCUAGGUGCUCUUAAUCCCAUGGCUACACCCCAACCCUUCAAUGGUGACCAGCCAAAAGUUUACCUUGAGCUCCGGGAUGGCCAAGUGUUCGAGGGCCUGAGCUUCGGUGCCAACAAAAGCAUCUCCGGAGAACUGGUCUUUCAGACUGGCAUGGUCGGCUACCCAGAGUCCAUCACUGAUCCAUCUUACCGCGGUCAGAUUCUCGUCAUCACUUUUCCGUUGGUCGGUAACUACGGCGUGCCCUCCAGAGAGACCAUGGACGAGUUGCUGGGUGAUCUUCCCAAGCACUUUGAGUCCGACCAGAUCCAUAUUGGAGGGCUUGUUGUUGCCUCUUACGCGGGCGAGAGUUACUCUCACCACCUGGCGACUUCUUCUUUGGGUGCCUGGCUGAAAGAACAAGGUGUUCCGGCAAUGUGUGGCGUUGACACCAGAGCUCUGACAAAGAUCAUCCGAGAAGAAGGCAGCAUGCUCGGCCGCAUGCUUCAAACACGACCUUCUUCAAAAUCCAAACUCUCCAAUGGUGUUAAAUCGGAUGCAAUGCCAAAUGGAGACGUAGUGAUCGGCCCACAAAACUGGCAAGAUCAGGUUGAAGGAGUGGAAUGGCAUGACCAGAACAAGAGAAACCUGGUGGCGGAGGUCUCCGUGAAAGAGCCUCGAGUCUUCUCGCCCCCCACAACCAGAGCUCUGCUUCAUCCUUCUGGACGGCCUGUUCGCGUAGUGGUAGUAGAUGUUGGUCUCAAGUACAACCAACUUCGAUGUCUACUCUCGAGAGGAGUUGAGGUUCUGGUGGUGCCGUGGGAUUAUAACUUCCCGGCUCUUGCUGGCAAAGAUUACGAUGGAUUGUUCAUCUCCAACGGCCCUGGAGAUCCCGCCAUGCUCUCGACAACAAUCGAACACAUUUCAGAGGCUUUGAAGGAAGCCCGAACUCCCAUUUUCGGCAUCUGUCUUGGUCAUCAGUUACUGGCACGGGCAGCUGGUGCGGAGACAUUGAAAAUGAAGUUUGGCAAUCGUGGUCACAACAUCCCCUGCACAAACCUGUUAUCCGGACGGUGCUACAUCACUUCACAGAAUCAUGGUUUUGCCGUUGAUUCCAUGACCCUCCCUGAGGGGUGGGAGGAAUUGUUUGUGAAUGCAAACGAUGGCAGCAACGAAGGCAUUCGCCAUGUCUCUCGACCGUACUUCAGCGUACAGUUUCACCCUGAGUCCACGCCUGGACCCCGGGACACCGAAUUCCUAUUCGACGUCUUCAUUGAUGCGAUCAUGAAGAGCAUCGAAUCCGUGGAUGCGCUACUUCAGCCUGUAUCGUUCCCUGGUGGUACAAUCGAGGAGAACGAACGAGCACAUCCACGCGUCACGGUGAAGAAAGUCCUCGUUCUUGGAAGUGGUGGCCUCAGCAUUGGUCAGGCGGGAGAAUUCGAUUAUUCCGGAAGUCAAGCAAUCAAAGCUCUCAAGCAGGAAGGAAUUUAUACCGUUUUGAUCAAUCCGAACAUCGCAACUAUUCAAACCUCCAAGGGUCUUGCUGACAAGGUCUAUUUUCUACCCGUCAACGCGGACUUCGUUCGAAAAGUCAUCAAGUAUGAGAGACCGGACGGUAUUUACUGUACGUUUGGCGGCCAGACUGCUCUCCAAGUUGGUAUCCAGCUCAAAGAUGAGUUUGCAGCCCUCGGAGUACAGGUUUUGGGAACUCCAAUCGACACGAUCAUUACGACAGAGGACCGUGAGCUUUUCGCCCGAAGCAUGGAGUCGAUCGGAGAAAAGUGCGCCAAGUCAGCAUCCGCUUCGAGUCUGGAAGAGGCAAUGCGAGUGGUCCAAGAUAUUGGAUUUCCUGUCAUUGUGAGAGCCGCUUACGCGUUAGGCGGACUGGGCAGCGGAUUUGCAGAAGAUCCACAUCAGCUGCGCGAGCUAUGUACAAAAGCAUUCGCUGCAAGUCCGCAAGUUCUCAUUGAGAGGAGCAUGAAAGGCUGGAAAGAAAUCGAAUACGAGGUCGUGCGAGAUGCCCGAGACAAUUGUAUAACGGUCUGCAACAUGGAAAAUUUUGAUCCUUUGGGAAUUCAUACUGGGGACUCGAUCGUCGUCGCUCCUUCGCAGACUCUAUCGGACGAAGAUUACAACAUGCUACGUACCACUGCCAUCAAUGUUAUUCGCCAUCUGGGUGUCGUGGGGGAGUGCAAUAUCCAGUACGCUCUCAACCCAUUCUCCAAGGAGUAUUGUAUUAUAGAGGUGAACGCCAGAUUGUCUCGCUCCUCUGCUCUGGCCUCGAAAGCGACAGGAUACCCAUUGGCAUUUGUUGCCGCCAAACUUGGAUUGGGAAUUCCACUGAACGAAAUCUCCAAUUCGGUCACCAAAAAGACUUGUGCCUGCUUCGAACCUUCGCUCGAUUACGUUGUCGUCAAAAUUCCCCGAUGGGACUUGAAAAAGUUUACCAGAGUGUCUACACAGCUUGGCUCUUCGAUGAAAAGUGUUGGCGAGGUCAUGGCCAUUGGCAGGACGUUCGAAGAAGCCAUUCAAAAAGCCAUCCGCUCUGUCGAUUCCCAAAAUCUCGGCUUUUCGGAUAUCUCGAACCCUCUCAUGUCAGUCGACGACGAAUUGCAGACUCCUUCUGAUCAAAGAAUGUUCGCCAUCGCCAAUGCCAUGCACGCGGGGUACUCUGUGGACAAAGUCUGGGAAAUGACCAAGAUUGACAAGUGGUUCCUCUCUCGAUUGAAGGGUCUGAGCGAUUUCGCCAAACUCAUGUCCAGAUUCACAGCGACGAGUAUCCCUCCAGUGUUGUUCCGGCAGGCUAAACAGCUUGGAUUCUCAGACAGACAGCUGGCUCGAUACUGGAACUCCAACGAGCUGGCGGUGAGGCGUCUGAGGGCCGAGGCAGGCAUACACCCCUUUGUCAAGCAGAUCGAUACCGUCGCCGCCGAGUUUCCCGCUUACACGAAUUAUCUUUACCUUACGUACAACGGCACAGAGCACGACAUUACAUUCAACGACCACGGAGUAAUGGUCCUCGGGUCUGGCGUCUAUCGAAUCGGUUCCUCCGUGGAAUUUGAUUGGUGUUCGGUGAGAGCCAUCCGGACUCUUCGAGAGCAAGGUUACAAGACGGUAAUGGUAAACGAAAAUCCUGAAACGGUGACCACUGAUUUCGACGAGGCCGAUAGACUCUACUUCGAAACUAUCAGUCUCGAAGUUGUGCUUGAUAUCUACCAGCUGGAAUCUGCCAGUGGUGUCAUUAUCUCGAUGGGUGGACAGAAACCCAACAAUAUCGCAUUGCCCCUGCAUAGGCUGAAUGUGAAGAUACUGGGAACAUCUCCAGAAAUGAUUGACUCGGCCGAAAAUCGGUACAAGUUCUCCCGGAUGCUGGAUAGAAUCAAGGUGGACCAACCAUCAUGGAAAGAGCUUACAAGCAUCGAGGAUGCACUUCAGUUCUGUGAAAAGGUGAAGUAUCCUGUCCUAGUACGACCGUCCUAUGUUCUAUCUGGAGCAGCGAUGAACACCGUAUAUUCCAAAGACGAUCUCGCCAACUACCUCAACCAAGCUGUUGCUGUAUCAAGGGAACACCCCGUUGUGAUUACGAAGUAUAUCGAGAACGCGAAAGAGAUCGAGAUGGAUGCUGUUGCAAAAGACGGCGUCAUGACAGGGCACUUCAUCUCUGAACACGUCGAAAAUGCCGGUGUCCACUCGGGAGACGCCACCCUCAUAUGUCCUCCGCAGGAUCUCGAGCCGGAGACUAUUGCUCGAAUUGAGGAAGCGACUCGCAAGAUUGCGAAUGCUCUCAAUGUCACUGGUCCAUUCAAUAUCCAGUUCAUUGCCAAAGACAACGAGAUCAAAGUCAUCGAGUGCAACGUGCGAGCCUCGAGGUCAUUUCCCUUUAUCUCGAAAGUCAUGGGGGUGGAUCUCAUCGAGAUGGCAACCAACGUUAUCAUGGACAAGCCGGUGACACCUUAUCCGCCUAUCAACCUACCUCCAGACUAUGUUGGCGUCAAGGCGCCUCAAUUUUCGUUCUCUCGUUUGUCGGGAGCUGACCCCGUGCUGGGCGUUGAGAUGGCGUCGACUGGAGAAGUUGCCUGCUUUGGUCGAGAUCGAUACGAAGCUUACCUCAAGGCAACCAUCUCAACUGGCUUCAAGUUACCUGAGAAGAACAUCCUCCUCUCCAUCGGGUCUUUCAAAGACAAGAUGGAAAUGCUUCCUUCAGUCCAGAAAUUGCACCAGAUGGGAUAUAAUAUUUUUGCAACCUCUGGCACCGCUGACUUCCUCGAGGAGCACGGCGUCAAAGUCAAAUACCUGGAGGUCCUUGCUGGAGACGACAAAGAUCAAAAAUCGGAGUAUUCACUGACGCAGCACCUCGCCAGUAACAUGAUCGACCUCUACAUCAAUCUGCCCUCCAACAACAGAUUUAGGAGGCCUGCCAACUACAUGAGCAAAGGAUACCGUACCCGAAGAAUGGCUGUCGACUACCAGACUCCUUUGAUCACGAACGUUAAGGUUGCCAAGAUCCUCAUCGAAGGACUAGCUAGGCACUACGACCUGAACAUCCGGAAUAUUGACUUCCAGACGAGUCAUCGAACAGUCGUUCUUCCUGGACUGGUCAAUGUCGCUGCAUUUGUUCCUGGUAUCGCUCAGAGAGGGUCUCCGGACUUCUCCCUCGUUACCAAGGCGUCCAUUGCGGCAGGCUUUAGCAUGGUUCGGGUUAUGCCCGUGGGCAUCGAUAGUGCCGUCACCGAUGCUCGCUCUUUGAAAAUCGCCCAACACAAUGCUCAAAGCGGAGCAUUUUGUGACUUCAACUUGUCGGUGGCGGCCACGGAUUCCAAUUCCGAGCAAAUCGUCCACGUCAAGGAAGAGGUUGGGUCGCUCUUCAUCCCCUUCAACCAUCUCUCAUCUGGCAAUAUCAACAAAGUCGCAACUGUGACAGCACAUUUCGCAACAUGGCCGUCGUACAAGCCCAUUGUGACUGAUGCUAAAACCACCGAUCUAGCAUCAAUCCUCUUGCUGGCUAGUCUACACGAUCGAAAAGUCCACGUGCACAACAUUACGUCUAGGGACGACAUCAGCCUGAUUGCUCUUUCGAAGGAGAAAGGCUUGAAGGUCACAUGUGACGUGUCAAUUUACAGUCUCUUUUUGUCUCAAUCAGAUUACCCCAAUUGCUCUGCCCUCCCUACCGCUGCCGACCAGCGAGCUUUGUGGGACCAUCUGCCAACAAUUGACGUGUUCUCGAUUGGUAGUCUACCAUAUCAGAUCGCCGGCGAAGAUGCAGUUCCCACAGUGGGCAUUGCUGAUGCUCUUCCACUACUAUUGACGGCGGUCUCAGAAGGAAGGAUGACUGUAGAGGAUGUCACCAGUCGUUUGCAUGACAAUCCGACGGCCAUCUUUGAGCUCCAUGAACAGCCUUCGACGUCCGUCGAGAUUGACAUUGAUCGCCCCUAUGUGCUUCAAGUUGGCGAGGUGUGGUCGCCAUUCGUCGGAAGGACUUUACGGGGUGCAGUCUCGAGGGUGGUCUUCCAGGGCAAGACUGCUUGUCUCGAUGGAGAAUUGCUUCUUGAUGGGCCUCGAGGUUCCGACAUGUCUUCACACCUUCUCUAUCCUGUGUCGACAAUGGGACCCUCUGGGUCUCCAGUCAUCCCGGCACAAAUGGAGAAUCCAAGCGACAGACGGACCUCCGCCUUCGACACCACGAUAAAUAGACGUGUUUCAGUGAGCACGCGGAGCAGGCCGAUUGUUCGUGCUCGUCCUAUGGACGAAGUCCUAGAGACGACCAGUCCGAUCCUUCCGACUGCAGCAUUGUACCAGCCCCAACCUCCCUCCACAAUCUCGCCUUCCCUCCUCUCUCUUCUCGCUUCGUCUCCAUUCAAGAACCGCCACGUACUCUCUGUCAAUCAAUACACCCGGCAAGAUCUACACAUCCUGUUCACAGUUGCCCAGGAAAUGCGUCUGGGUGUCCAACGCCAAGGUGUCCUGCCCAUUCUACAAUCCCGCGUUCUUUGCACAAUGUUCUAUGAGCCCAGCACUCGGACAUCAGGGUCUUUCGACGCUGCAAUGCAGCGGCUUGGAGGUCGCACGAUCGCUAUCAACACCGAUCACUCAAGCACCAAAAAGGGAGAGACCCUGCAAGACAGUAUCCGGACGUUAGGCUGCUACGGCGACGCGGUCGUACUCCGCCAUCCAGACGAAGAGUCGGCUGCCAUUGCAGCUAAAUUUUCUCCUGUGCCUAUCAUCAACGGGGGGAAUGGGAGUCGCGAACAUCCCACCCAAGCCUUCCUCGACCUCUUCACGAUACGCGAAGAGUUGGGUACUGUUACCGGUCUCACGGUCACGUUCACGGGUGAUCUCAAGUACGGACGCACCGUCCACUCCCUGGUCAAGCUCCUCCAGUACUACGAAGUGCGCAUCAACCUCGUGUCACCCAAAGCGCUUGCUCUGCCGUCUGAAGUGCGUGAUCUACUCGUAUCUUCGGGCCAACUGGGCAUCGAAUCCGACUCGCUUACGCCCGAAAUCGUCGCUAAGAGUGAUGUUUUGUACUGCACGCGCGUGCAAAAAGAGAGAUUCCCGUCCCUGGAUGAAUAUGAGAGAUUGAAGGACAGUCUGAUCGUCGACAACUCUGUCUUGAAAUACGCCAAGCAGAGCAUGAUUGUCAUGCACCCAUUGCCGAGGAACCGGGAGAUCAGCGAGGAGGUCGACUUUGACCAGCGCGCUGCCUAUUUUAGGCAGAUGCGGUAUGGACUGUAUACGAGGAUGGCGCUGUUAGCGCUCGUACUGGCGCACUAG